AUGAUGUUCUUCGUCCAGCCGGAUUGCCCCUCCAGAUUCGCCCACCAAGACGAGCAUCGCAUCAGAGGCCUCAACGCCGAGACCAUGGCCCGCGUCUUCCUGCCUCCUCCGUCGUGGUUGCUCACUGCGGAAUAUGCGCCUCUCCGAUCGGAUACCGACGACUCCGCGACAUCCAUCUUCUUCAGCCUCAAUCUCUCAAUUUACAAUCAGCCAGUUGUCGCCUCCGAAUGGACCGAAGAGUGGUUUUUCAUGAAUGGCCGCGUCCAUCCCUACGCCCUUGCGUGGGAGGUCGAGCAACGAGACGGUCUUGAGUCUGACGCCGGAGGCAUCCUUCUCUACACUAUGCCCGCCCUUAUCAUCCGCGACCAAGGCUACCAGCCCGUUCUUCCUAGGCUCUUUGCCUCCAUGGACAGCUUCCCCCGUAUCCCCCCCAUCGUUUCCUUCACCGGGCUCAUUGUUGGCCCCGGCCACUCCCUGCUACGACAGGACCUUCUGCCAGGUCUGGACGCCACCCAGCUGAGGUGCUGCGGCUUCCUCCAGCUUUCGACCUAUAUCACUCCCGGGAUCCCUGACAAGAUCCCUCUCAGGGGCUUCCACCCGUUUCAGGUCUUCGUCAUCUUCCCCAUCCGCGCCAACCCGUGGGCCAUCCUUUGCAAGAAGAUGGCCGAGAGGCGGGACUCUCAAUUUCAGACUAAUAUCUCCUUCACCUGCACGGGCAAGGUCGCUGGCCUCCUCGAUCACCGCGUCAUGGUCCACCAGCCGAGCUCCGACAGAGACUACGUCUUCAUCGUCGUCCCGGAUUCUUGGACUUUUCUCGACAAGACCGCCACCACCGCAGCCGCGAUGCCCGCGCUGCCUCUUUCUCUGUCGCUACACCUGGCGCCCUCCGCCGAGUCCUCCGCCUUCGGCUUCGACUUCGGCUUCGGCCGAUCCCGUUACACCGCUGCAGAAGCGUCCUUGUCCCGAGCCCGCCGACACGCCAACGAAGAAACCGCGCCUGUUGCAGCUGGCCUCAAAACCUUCCUCAUCGGCCGCCACUGGAAGCUCUGCCACUCAAUCGUUCUCGCUUUCCGCUGCCUCUUCUUCCUUCGAGCCGGAGACGAUGAGACAGAGUCCUGCCUCGGGAACCGUCUUGGGACCCGCCGUUGA